AUGCUGGCGCGUUCCGGUGACAACGGAAAGGUGGCACUUCUAAGUCUUAAAGCGAGCGCGCAGAGAGCGAGCGCGCGCACGAGAGCGAGCCUGUUCAGACAGCUGACAGACAGACAGACAGACAGGGUGUUUGAUCCAAGUUGGCGUUUGACUUUCUUAACACUUUGGUCAAAUGUGAAGAUGUUCAUCCCCGUCUUCAUCUCGUAUUUGGUUUAUGGCUCGCCAAUCGUCGCAAACGCAGAAACUCACACUCUGACGUACCUCUACACGGGGCUGUCGGAGGGCGCGUCACUGCCAUCCGGCAGUGAUGGCUCGCGCUACUUCACGGCCAUGGGCGUGCUGGACAGUCACGUGAUCGACUACUACGACAGCAGCACCAUGAAGAAGGUCCCCAAGCAGCCUUGGAUGGCCGAGAAGUUGGACUCCGCCUACUGGGAGCAGGGCACCCAGUCCAGGAAGAGCAAACAGCAGUGGUUCAAGGUCAACGUGGACAUCUUGCUUAAUCGCAUGGAACACAACCGCUCAGAUGUGCAUGUCCUCCAGUGGUUGCACGGUUGCCGGGGCAACCUGCAUCCCAACGGCACAUUAACUUUCGGUGGCGGCGUGGACACAUACAGCUACGAUGGCCUGGACUUCCUGUCCUUCGACUACGAGCGUGGCAAGUGGGUGGCCACGGCCCCCAUGGCGGUGGAGACCAAAAGGAAGUGGGACGACGUGCGUCUCCUCAAGGUCUACACACGCGCCUACCUGGACAAGGAGUGCAUCUGCUGGAUGGAUCGCUUCCUGCAGUACCAGCGCAACCAAAUGGAGGCCGCGCCGCCGCCCUCCCUCGAACUCUUUGCCAGGCCGACGCGUGCAGCCAGUACAUUGCUGCUGACCUGCCUGGCCAGCGGCUUCCCGCGCAAGGACGUCAUCCUGGAGAUCCAGCGUAACGGCCGCAAGCUCACCCGAGAGGACGGCUUGGCAUCGCUGGGCGUGCGACCCAACGGAGACGGCAGCUUUCAGAGGCGAGACAGCGUGGAAGUCCUUCAGAGCGACACCGCCAAAUUCACCUGCGUCCUCCGACAUCCGGCGUCUGGACUUCAUGACAAAAAGCUUUGGGAUGGCAAGAUUUUGGGCGAACCUGUGGCUGAUGUGAAAAUCGCCAUCGGCGUCGGGUUGGUGAUUCCGCUCGUCAUCUUGGUCGCCAUCAUGGGAUGGGUCUUGUACAGGAAGUUCAGAGGCGGUGCUGCCCACAAGGUUUUGCCCGUGGAAGAGGAUUGUCAGCGCAAAAUGACUGAACGCCUUCAACCUCUUUUAUGACACCACGAUCUUCUCAUCCGCUCAUGCAGGGCUGGCAAUAGCACAAUGCUUUUCCUUUCAAAUGGUUGAAUCUUACGCUGCUGGUUUUUACCUGAUUUUAUGGCUCAAGAAAAGAUGGGACAAAUAAUAAGCUUCCGUUGUGUGUCUGUGAAAAAGAGAAUUGCACACCUGAACAUAUUGGUAGGGAUUUCCUUGCAUCGUGGUCCAAUCCCACCUUUUAGACUUGACUUUGCAAAUCGCAGCAAGGCAAGGACGCUUGAUUUCCUACAGCAUAUUUCAUAUACAAGGUAGCUCAAUGUGCUUUGCAAAACGGGGUCUAAAAGCAAAAGAAAUGAGGACGUUUGGACGCAAAGAAUGGAAUUCACAUGACUAACACAUAGGAGCACGAUUGUUCAUCAAAAAGUUGCAUUUAUACAAAGUGUAGCUGAAGAAAUAAUCGAAAAAGUUCAAUUUAAUAUCAAUGAACUCAUAUUGAAAAUACACCAUAGUGAAGCAGCAGCAACAACAACAAAAUAAUUUAAACCACAAAAAAGUGAGGCCACUGGUGAUUUUGGAACAGGAAAUCAGUUGCUUGUUCCACGUACAUGCACUAGAGGAAACCCGCGCAUCACGGAUGCUACUUGAACGUCACCAAACUCUGCUCGUUCUCUACCGCAUGGACGUAAUGACUCGGCCAAGGACAAGUUUAAGUGUUACAAAAAAGUUGACACUUUUAUUUUAGACGAAUAAGUCUACAGCUUAUUGUGUUCAAGCAAAAAACAAUUUAAAUGACAACAUUGUGGCUGAUGCUAAAAAACAUUUGAGUCCAAAAACCGAAAACUAAAUAAAAAUGUGCUAUCGACAUUAA